AAUAUAGAUUGAGAGCGAGCACCGGUGAGCGCUAGCUUGAUCCGACUCUCCCGUAGCGAAAAUGUGAGCCUUGCUCCUACACCAUGAUGUCAAUGUCUCGAAAUGAUCUUGCAUAUCCUCUCCCACUACCUAUCUUAGCCGAUGCUGAACUAGCUGCUCAUGCUUGGGAUGAAGAAGAACUUUGCCUACACAGCGUUGGUCCAUUGCAGCGUAUGGAACUUCCUUAUAUCGGGACCAUCUUCGACAUUCGCCUUCGUCGCUGGUACAGCAUCAUCGCCCACCAUGAAUAUCCACCCGACUACCCCGACGAUCCGGACUGUAUAUUCGAUGACCCGUAUUGGCUCUCAGUACUCCAGCAAAGCGGUCAUCGUGGUCGUGAUGAUUUCAACGAGAUCCUAGUGAACGACAUCGACGGAUCGUUGACCUACCGCUCGAACCCUAAACAUAGAGGCACACCGAUAUAUGACCUCGGACCUCCACCACUGACUUCAUACAUCCCAACAAUUCCCGCUCAUGAGCUGCAGCAGAGACGAUACCUCUUCCGUGCAACGGAAACAUGUUCUGUCCCAUCGCGCGGAUUGGAAGGGGUCGUAUUCAAGCAGAUCAUGCAAGGUCGCGGCGAGGUUUCUCGCUUCAAUAGGGAAAUCAGAAUGCUUUACCUUCUCCGAGAAAGCAAUCAAUUUCUUCCAGUAUUAGCAUGCGUUGUCGACACCAAAGAGCGAAUGCGGGGCUUCCUGAUUCCGUUUGGAGGUACUUCUUUGGAUCAAUUGCCGACUGUUCGAUGGCAGAUUUUCUUCGACGUCCUGCAAGGGCUGGUAACCAUUCAUGCGAUUCCUGCUGACGCACUGGGGACAUCAAAAAUAGAGAAAGAUAUGCAACUUGUUGAACAUGGGGAUAUUUGUGCACGGAAUGUACUCGUGAACGAAUCGGGAAAGGUACAUUUGAUAGAUGUCGGGAGUAGGACAGAGGAUUAUCAGGGAGAUCGGAGGGCAUUGGUUGAAAUGAUGGCUGAGUUGAGGUUAAAAGCAGAAACAGAGCAGGACGAAACAAUGAUCGACCGUAUGUUGAAGUUACUUGAGGGCACGCUGGCUCUCCAAGAUAUUAUCACGUCUUUGAAAAUACGAACAUGAACGAAUGGAUACGUUCAUUAUAUAUGCAUAUAUGCCCUUCCCUCGAACAACAUAUUUGCUUCCGAUCGGUUCUAGAGUUCUGGAUACGAGGGGGUGGAAGGUUGAAUUGGUGAAAAUCAUUCGAGUAUAGCGACAUAGCUAAACUCGAGAAUGGCGUUGGCUUGGGGAAGGGUGAAAGGUCGCAGAAAUGGUUGUGCAAUCUCUUGGGACGAAUUCCCGAGCCAUAAUGCCAGUGACUGGCCGAGAAGGUUUCCUACUUCAGAGUCGCGUGAAACUAAGGCGUGUAAUGGCGUGAGCAUACAGUACGAUCACUCCUGACACGCAUAAGGAUAAGUAUACGCUGCCAUAAGAAUAAGUAUACACGCAGGCUGUCAUAAGAAUAGUCGAUACUAAAAAGAGAUAACGUCU